AUGGAUGAUGCUACAUUUAAAACAAUAAAAUUAGAAUCUAAUUGGAAUGUAGAAAAUGAAACAUUUCAAAGUGGUAUACAAACUGAGCCUCUUCAAAUAAUAAAUAGAAGUACAUCUCCAAUACAAAAUAAUUCAAUUGAUGUACAGACUGAAUUGGAGAAUGUUACAUCAAUAUCUAAUAUAUCUCCAUCUAAUAUAAAAAUAAAUCCUAAGCUUAUUGAAAGAUUUAUAUUUUAUAUUAAUGAAUCAACUUAUAUUGAUGAAUAUAUAAAUAUUUUAAUAAAUCUUCGAAGAACAACAAAAAUAAAAAUGAUAUUUAUAAAAACUUUAUUUAAUUUAACAAAAAUAAAUACAACAACAUUAUUACCAUUUUCAGUUAUAACUGGUAGAGGUAAUAGAAUAUCAAUACUUUAUGGUGAAGAAAUACAUGAUGCAUGGUGUAGUCAUACAUCAAAAAUUGUUAUGCAUUUUAAAAAUCAAGAAAAAUCUAUAGAUUUAUCUUCUUGUCCAACAAAACUUUUAUACCAUAAUCAGUAUGCUAUAAUAGGGCAAAUGAAUGGACAAUUAAUAUUAAGUAAAGAAAAUGAAAUUAUUCAAAUAAUUUUAGAACAUGAUUAUUCUAUUUCCUCUUUAACUUCUUUUCAAAAUAAUAAUAUUGUUUCAGCUUCAAUUGAUGGUAAAAUAAUUAUAUGGUCUUUAAAAAAUGAUAAUUUAAAAAAAAUUAAAGAAUAUCAAGUAAUGAUAAGUGAUUUACCAAGAGAUUUACGUCAAUCUACUGGUAAAGAUAACAAAAAACAUACAAGUGUUGUAAAUAUUUGUUGUAUAAAUGAUCAAUUUAUAAUUGGUGGUGAGACGGGAGCUUUAUGGAGAUGUAAUAUUAGUGAUAUGAUGUUAGUUCCAAUUACUACAAUAAAUGAUGGAAUUGAAGAUUUUACAAUAAUAUGUAAUACAAUAGUAAUAUUAUCAUCUUUUGGAAAAAUAUACAGAUAUGAUAUAAAAACAAAUGUAAUCGAUGAUUCUGAAUAUGAAAAUAUUAUUAGUAUUUGUAGUUCAAAUGUUCAUUUAAUAUUAUUGUCUGAAAAUAAUAUUAAAGUGAUUGAUGGUUUAACAUUUGAAGAACUUAUGUCUGAAGAUAAAAAAUUUAUAGAUGUAAAAUUUGAUUACGAUAACAAUUUAGUUUGUCUUGAUGCAAAAAACAAUAUUAAUGUUUACUCACUAGUUUAA